UUUGCAGGCACUGUUGUUGUUGGAGAUUCUUUAGACACAGAUAAACAGGCUCUGUUGAACCUGAAAUCAUUCCUGGAAGAACAGAACCGUGUAAAUCGAGGAAGGUACUCGGAGUGGGAUGCCGAGAACUCGACUCCGUGUCAAUGGCAUGGCGUCUUGUGUUCCUCUGACGGUGAAAGGGUCAUUGGUAUAAACCUUUCCGACAACAAUAUGUCUGGGAAGAUGUUCGAUCAUUUCUCGGCCUUGACCGAGCUUCGGGAACUUGACCUCUCGAGAAACACAAUCGGUGGAGCGAUUCCGGAUGAUUUGAGCCAAUGCAGCAGCCUGAUAUACCUUAACUUGUCACAUAAUAUCCUAGAAGGAGAGCUGGUGUUGGCAGGUUUGACUAGUUUAGAGAAGCUUGAUUUGUCUAUGAAUAGGAUUCAAGGGGAGAUUGAAGCUAAUUUCCCAGCAAUUUGCCAGAGAUUGAUUGUUGCAAACCUUUCAACCAAUAAUUUCACUGGCAACAUAGAUAAGUGCUUUGAUGAAUGCUUGAAUCUGCAGCAUUUGGAUUUGAGUGCGAAUAAUUUUGUUGGCAGCAUAUGGAGUGGAUUUGCAAGGCUGGUCGAGUAUUCGGUUUCCGAAAACUACGUUUCCGGGACACUUUCGGGAUCAAUGUUUACAAACAAUUGUAGUUUGCAGGUUUUGGACCUUUCAGAAAACAACUUUCAGGGUCAACUUCCAGGGGAGAUUUCUAACUGCAAGAAUUUGGUUGUGUUGAACAUAUGGGGAAACAAUUUUACGGGGCCGAUUCCAUCGGAGAUCAGGAUGAUUUCCAGUCUCGAAGGCUUGUACUUGGGGAGCAACAGGUUCUCCAAUGUAAUACCAGAAUCCUUACUGAACCUCACAAACUUGGCCUUUUUGGAUUUAAGCAAAAACAACUUUGGUGGGGAGAUACAAGAGAUUUUAGGGAGAUUCACACAGGUGAAGUUCCUUGUGCUACAUGGAAAUGCAUUCACUGGAGGGAUUAUAUCUUCCGGUAUUCUCAAAUUACCGACGAUUUCUCGAUUAGACCUGAGUUAUAACAACUUCUCUGGUUCAUUACCUAUUGAAAUCUCUGAAAUGAAGAGCUUGAAUUUCUUGAUGUUGGCGCACAACCAGUUUACAGGUGGUAUACCACCUGAAUUUGGCAACUUGCCUCAGUUACAAGCCCUCGAUCUCUCCUUCAACCAACUUUCAGGAUCUAUCCCGCCGGCCCUUGGAAAACUGAGCUCACUUUUGUGGUUGAUGCUUGCAAACAACUCUCUUACUGGCGAGAUUCCACCCUAGAUUGGAGGCUGCAGUAGCUUGUUAUGGCUAAACCUUGAAAACAAUCAACUUUCCGGGGAAAUCCCUGCGGAGUUGGCAAAGAUUGGUAGAAAUGCUACUCGAACUUUUGAGUCGAAUCAGCUACGCAAUGACCGGAUAAUAGCUGGUUCAGGCGAGUGCUUGUCAAUGAAGAGGUGGAUACCAGCAGACUACCCUCCUUUCAGUUUUGUGUAUGCAAUUCUUACUAGGAAGAGCUGCAGAAGCUUAUGGGAUCGGUUGCUUAAAGGAUAUGGUCUUUUCCCGGUGUGUGCUUCAGGUUCAACCGUGAGGACAUAUCGAAUCUCGGGUUAUUUGCAACUUAGUGGGAACCUGUUCUCGGGCGAGAUCCCUUCCGAUAUCGGUAUGAUGCAGAAUUUCAGUAUGCUUCACUUUGGUUUCAAUGGCUUCAAUGGAACACUGCCUGCGAAUAUCGGACAGUUGCCGCUUAUCGUUCUAAAUAUAACCCGAAACAGAUUUUCAGGAGAAAUUCCAGUUGAGAUUGGCAAUGUCAAAUGCUUAAAGAAUCUAGAUUUUUCAUACAAUAAUUUUUCUGGCUUAUUCCCAACAAGCUUCAACUACUUGACCGAACUGAGCAAGUUCAACAUUUCAUACAAUCCGCUCAUUUCUGGCGUAAUCCCAUCAACCGGUCAAUUGGCAACGUUUGAGAAAGAUUCUUACCUUGGAGAUCCGCUACUUGAUGUUCCAGAUUUUAUCGACAAUGGAACAACUCGCCAGCAAAACCACGAUGCAAUGCAUAAAAGAUCUACCAAGUUGGCUGUGUUCUUGGUGUUAUUAUCAUUAACGCUGGCCAUUUUUGUUUUUGGGGUCAUAACACUUGUAGUUUACAUAUUUGUGAAAAGUCCGGAAGAACCGCAUGGAUACCUCUUACAGGAUACCAUUUAUCGACAUGAUUUAGCAUCGAGCUCAGGAGGGUCAUCACCAUGGUUAUCGUACACUGUUAAGGUCAUCCGUUUGGACAAAACAGCUUUCACACAUGCUGAUAUUUUAAAGGCUACAGGCAAUUUUUCGGAGGAUAGGAUUAUCGGAAAGGGAGGAUUCGGAACAGUGUACCGAGGCGUAUUGCCUGAUGGGAGAGAAGUAGCAGUGAAAAAACUUCAACGAGAAGGAAUCGAGGGCGAAAGGGAAUUCCGGGCCGAGAUGGAGGUCCUUAGUGGCAAUGGCUUUGGUUGGCCACACCCUAACCUUGUAACACUUUAUGGUUGGUGCCUUGAUGGUUUAGAGAAAAUAUUGGUUUAUGAGUACAUGAGAGGUGGGAACCUCGAGGAUCUUAUUUCGGAUCGGUUGCGGUUCACAUGGCGGAGAAGGAUCGAUGUGGCAGUCGAUAUUGCGAGGGCAUUAGUGUUUCUACAUCAUGAAUGCUACCCUGCAAUUGUCCAUAGGGAUGUCAAGGCUAGCAAUGUCCUGUUAGAUAAAGAUGGGAGGGCAAGAGUUACGGAUUUCGGUCUGGCUAGAGUUGUCGAUGUCGGACAUAGCCAUGUGAGCACAAUGGUGGCAGGAACUAUCGGUUAUGUUGCACCAGAAUACGGGCAGACAUGGAAAGCCACUACAAAAGGUGAUGUAUAUAGUUACGGGGUAUUAGCAAUGGAACUGGCAACCGGGAGGCGAGCGGUCGACGGAGGGGAAGAAUGCCUGGUGGAAUGGGCCAGACGUAUGAUGGGAAAUGGACGAAACGGAUUAGCCCGAGCUGCGAUACCAGUCGUGCUUUUCGGAUCGGGGCUAGCAGACGGUGCUGAAGAGAUGUGCGAGCUGCUCAGAAUUGGUGCCCGAUGCACGGCAGAAGCUCCACAAGCUAGACCGGACAUGAAAGAGGUGCUAGCUAUGCUGAUUCGAAUAACAAGCAGCAAUCAGAAUCUCAAGUCUUCACACAGUUAGUAUGCGAGAGAGUUUACAAAACAUAAAAACAGGUUUUAAAAUAUACAGAUUUUCAUGUAUUGAUUCUUCUUGUAAAGAGAAUUUCUCCAUUCGUUAUUAAUCAAAAUUUUGUCCCAAGCAA